CCCUUUGGCCUUUGCAAUGCGCCGUGUACAUUCCAGCACGCCAUGAAUAGGAUCUUCCAUGACUACUUGGACAAGUUUGUUGUCGUGUACCUCGACGACAUUAUCUUCAGUAGAUCUGUCGAGGAGCAUGCUCAGCAUGAAGACAAGGUACUUUCACUCCUUCGACAACACAAGUAUAAGAUAAACGCAGAGAAAUGCGAGUUUGGUCGCACUCGAAUCUUGUACUUGGGUCAUGAAGUAUCCGCGGAUGGGAUUAGGCCCGAAGACGCUAAGGUGGCUAGCAUACGUGAUUGGCCACGACCCCAGUCAGUGACUGAGGUCAGAUCAUUCUUGGGAAUGUGUGGUUAUUACCACAAUUUCGUAAAGAAAUAUAGCACGAUCACAUCUCCCUUGACUGAUCCAACUCGACUCGACACACCAUGGGACUGGACCGACGAGUGUGAGGCAGCUUUCAAGCGUUUGAAGCAUGCUCUCACGCAUCAUGAGGUUCUCAUGGUACCCGACCCGCAAAGGUCAUUCGUUGUAACCACUGACGCAAGUCAAUAUGGGAUUGGCACAGUGCUGGCUCAGCAGGAAGGGAAGAAGUUGAGACCGAUCGAGUACAGGAGCAAAAAGAUGCCUUCAAAGAAGUUGGCUAAGUCCACCUACGAGAGGGAACUCUACGCUCUUUACAAGGCACUUGUCCACUGGAGGCACUACCUGUUAGGAAGGUUCUUCUACUUGAGAACUGACCAUCAGACACUCAAGUGGAUUAAGACUCAACCAGUUCUCUCAGAUGCACUCAAACGCUGGAUUGAAGUCAUAGAUCAAUAUGAUUUUAAACUAGAAUAUUUGAAGGGAGAGUACAACAAGGUUGAAGACGCGUUGUCUAGGAGGGCAGAUUACCUAGGUGCGCUGAUUUCUGAGUUUGGUCUAUCUGAAGAUGUAACUCGAUCUUUGGAGGAAGCCUACAAGGAAGAUCCCAUCACGAUGGACAUCAUCAACAAAUUACAGGCUAAAGACAAGGCCACCACUGGUGAGUUUGUGAUGGUGGAUGGAUUGCUCUUUCUUGAGAAGACAGGGUUCAAGAGGUUAGUUGUUCCAUCUAGGAAAACUUUGCGUAGUUUGUUUUUAGGUGAGUGCCACGACACAACAGGACAUUUCGGUUAUAAGAAGACUAGUGCUAAUAUAGUACAGCGAUUCUGGUGGCCUAACAUGCUUGACGAUGUGAAGAAGUACAUGGAGACCUGUCAGGUCUGUCAACGGGACAAGCCGCGAACUCAAUCUCCGCUUGGGUUACUCAAGCCUUUACCCAUUUCUGCUGGACCAGGGCAGAGUAUCUCCAUGGAUUUCAUGGAUACUCUUGUGACCAGCAAGAAUGGCAAGAGGCACAUCUUCGUCAUAGUGGAUAGGUUCACUAAGUACGCUGGACUAAUCGCCAUGCCAGAGACUGUCAGGAUUGAGCACGUCAUCAAGUUGUUCAUGGACAACUGGGUGCGUGAUUUUGGAUUGCCUACGACUAUCGUUAGUGAUAGAGAUGUUUGUUUCACUAGUGAGAUGUGGAAAUAGGCCGCUGAACAGAUGGGCAGCCAGCUUCAUAUGACUUCUGGGAAUCAUCCCAAAGCAAAUG